AUGAGACUUCUAAUCAUCUUCAGUUGUCUUAUCGCGUUCUUCCUGGCCCGUUGGUUCAUCCUGCUCCGACGCAGUCUCCAGGCAGCAAAAAAGACCGGCCUUCCAUAUAUCUGUAGACCACUUCACCAAGGAAACCUCGCCUACCUGUUGUGGAUGCCCAUCCUUGACUGCUUGAUAGACUACCUGCCAGACUGGCUCGCGACAAUCCUGGACCCCAGAGACUAUUCGGGCGUCUACCGUAACUGGCGGUUCAAAGCAGGAUAUGAAAACCAUAGUGUGCUAGGGGAUGUGUUCUUAGUCGUGUCCCCAGGGUUCCUGGCCCUUGAGGUGGCCGAUCCGCAUGUGUGUGCUCAGAUAACGGAUAGACGCAUGGACUUUGUUAAGGAUUUUGAUUUAUAUCUGCCGUUACGUGUAUUCGGCCGCAACAUCAUCGAGACCGAAGGCGAGACCUGGAAAAGACAUCGCCGCGCUGUUACGCCGCGAUACACUGAUGCCAUUCACACAUUCGUCUGGGACCAAGCAACCAUUUUAGGAAGGGAAAUGCUCUCGGAAUGGAAGCAUCUAGUAGAUACAAAUACGCCUAUUCAAGCGCCAUAUACUUCGCGUGAAUUCAGAGAUCUAGGAACGUUGGCUAACCGCGUCGUUAUGGCUGCCGUGUUUGGUGUCUCUUUGUCAUUUAGAACAGGGCAAUCCCCAGAAGAGCUGGCAGUGUCUGAAUUUGCCCACUCUAUGGAAACCAUCAAUGCAGGUCUUCGCCUUGUGUUGAUGUUUCCACAAUUGAUAAUGCCGUACGUGCCGGGUAUUGGUCACCUAUCGAAGGCGAUGAAUCAUGUCACUUUAUAUAUGACAAACUUUCUGGACUGCCACAUAAACGAAAAAAACAAGCUCGAGCCCUCUACUAAAGUCGGCAUAUUGGACGGCCUGAUGAACGCAUUGGCACCGCCAGGCACUGUACCAACAGAAGUCCAGUUAUCACGCAGCGACGUGAUUGGAAACAUGUUCGCAUUAGGAUUCGCUGGCUCAACAACGUUGACAGACACCAUGCACUUUUCCAUAGUUCUGCUUGCCCUCUAUCCCAAAGUGCAGCUCUGGGUCAUGGAGGAGCUGGACCAGUUUGUGACCGAGUAUGGGCAGCAGAAGGACGGGUGGAAAUACCACAAGGUGUUCCCCAAGCUGGUCAGGCUUUCAUGUGUCCUGAUGGAAACGCUGCGCCUCUUCCCCGCAGUUCCCAUGAUCCCAAAGUACGUCGAGGACAAGCCCCAAAUCCUCAGCUACAAAAACGACACCUUCACCCUUCCGCCCCAAACAAGGAUCGCGCUCUCCGCCUGCGCGCUACACCGCAACCCACACGUAUGGGGGGCCGACGCCGACAAGUUCCGCCCCGAGCGGUGGCUCGCUGACGACUCAAAGUCCCUACGUCCGGAGCCGGUAGAGGGGAGCUUCGUUGGCUUCAGCCGUGGAGCAAGAAGGUGCCUCGGCAGGCGGUUUGCAGAAGUGGAGUAUACAGCCGUGCUGUCAGAGAUUUUACGAAGCUGCAGGAUCGAGCUGGCGCCUGAGAAGCCGGGCGAGACAAUGGAGGAGAUGAGUCUCAAGGUAAAGAAAAUGUUGGAGAUGAGCAAUAUAGAUUUUACGAUGCAUGUUGGUGGGAGGGUGCUGCUGAGAUUUGUCGAGAGGUUUUAG